UUUUUUGAUUUUUUCUUUUUUUUUUUAAACUCUUUCUAGUUUUAAUAAUGGAAUUAGGAAAUAAAUAUUGUAACUACUUUUUAGACAUUUAUUUUUGUAUUCCUGACUAUCUUCUUUACUUUAUUUUAUUUCUCGAUGCUUUGGCUAUCAUAGACAUCAUUAAGAGUAAUCGUCGUACUAUGGAUAAGUUUUUAUGGUCCCUCUUAAUUAUGAUUUUUCAAGUCUUCGGUUUAGUUGCUUAUUUUUUCGCAUCUGAUCGCCAAAGAUAUCAAGAGUCAUCAUGGUACCAAGCUAUACCUUAAAUAGUGAGCAUUUUUUCAUCUAAAAUAAAGAGGGGAACUAAAUACUUCUAUUUUAUUUGUAUUCAUUUUCACAUAAUUGUUGAUUCUUGUAUUUUAUCAUUAAAGUAACUUUUAAAAAACCUAAAAUGUCAUUAAUGAGAAUUUUGUACGUCGCGUGAUAUAUGUGCAUUUUGCAACCGUAUUUUACAAUAUAUUCUGGUCAAGGUAGAAGUAUCAUGAUAAUGGGUACGAUAUGACCCUAAUUGUACGCAGUGC